GUUACAAAAUAUCGUCUCCGGAUAAGGAGGGGUAUAUUUGCGCCUGGAUCAGUCUUGUGUAAUAACCAGGCCGAGCGGUAUAUAGAGGGACUAAGUAACUACGAUCGCCUAAGAGAAGCGACUCAUCUGAUGAUACUAGUAGUUAUAAGAUGACGACAAAAAUAGGUUUAUUCCUGGUCAGUGUCCUCUGCUGGUCGGCCACAUACGCACAGGAAGAUGAUGACUGUUUUGUGGGAAACGGCGCCUCCUACCGAGGACAGGUGAACACUACAGACGCCGGUCUGGUGUGCCAGCGCUGGGAGGAUCAGACCCCGCACGGGCACCAGUUCCUGCCCGACUCGGAGUACAGCGUUUACGACCUGUCUGAGAACUACUGCCGUAACCCUGACGGCGCGGAGAGACCGUGGUGCUACACCCUGGACCCUAGCGUCCGCUGGCAGUACUGCCCCGUCAAAUCCUGCGACUGUUAUACCGGCACGGGGGCGCUCUACAGAGGGGAGACAAACGUGACGUCCUCUGGGCUGACGUGCCAGCGGUGGGACCAGCAGAGCCCGCACAGCCACCAGUUCUCCCCGGCUAACACACCGGGCGCGGGGCUGGACAACAACUACUGCCGGAACCCUGACGCCGCGGCCGGGCCGUGGUGCUACACCACCGACCCCGGGCUGCGAUGGGAGUACUGCGACGUCCCGAAAUGUGCUCCCCUGGCGGGAGAGGGUUCGUGCGGCCUCCCGGCCAUCCCGCCGUCUCUGGCGCGCGUUGUCGGCGGGACCGUGGCGGUGCCGGGCAGCUGGCCCUGGCAGAUCUCCCUCCGGUACCGCGGCUCGCACACGUGCGGCGGCACGCUCAUCCACCCGGAGUGGGUCCUCACAGCCGCUCACUGCGUGGACGGGAGAACAAGUCCCUCGCCAUGGACCAUCCUCCUCGGGAAAGAACACCGCAACACUCAGGACCCCACACAGCAGUCCCGCAGUGUGACGAAGGUCAUCGUGCACCAGAGCUGGAACAGUAACACCGUGCAGAAUGACCUGACGCUGAUGAAGCUGAGCUCACCUGUGGAGCUGACGGACCAGGUGAGCCCGGCCUGUCUGCCUGAGGCCGACACACCUGCCGGGACCGAGUGUUACACCACCGGCUGGGGAACCACAGGGUCUGGCCAGCUGUCUGAAGUCCUCCUGCAGGGUAAGGUGCCCAUCGUGGCCCCGUCCACCUGUGUGAGCUACCUGGGCGCCUCCUCCAUAGACACCAACACCAUGAUCUGUGCCGGGUACGAACAGGGAGGGGUCGACGCCUGCCAGGGCGACAGCGGCGGCCCGUUGGUGUGCCAGCGAGCGGACGGGACCUGGGAGCUGGCCGGGGUGGUCAGCUGGGGGAUCGGCUGUGCGCAGGCGUACAAACCCGGCGUCUACACGAGGGUCUUCAACUACGUGGACUGGAUCGCCUACAUGAUGGAGCGUAUGUUACUUCAAAAGUUUAGCGCACUGUCUGACAGGUACUUUAUGAAAAUGAUCUCCAGUGUAGUGUUUAUUGUUUUGCUAGGAAUUGGCGCUUCAGUGGCUACAGAGUGCUAUCUGGGCAGCGCGUACAGAGGCGACACUAGCCGCACGGUAUCGGGGAGGGUGUGCCAGCGGUGGGACAGCCAGUCGCCGCAUCAACACUCCAUCACGCCCGAGUCCAAGCCGGGGGAAGACCUGCGGGAGAACUACUGCCGGAACCCCGACGGGCACACCAACCCCUGGUGUUACACCACGGACGGGCAGGUCAGAUGGGAGGACUGCGACAUACAGUCGUGCGACCUCGUAUGCACGACUGGUAACGGCGCUAACUACAAGGGGACCGUGUCCACCACUAGGCGCGGCCUGCCCUGCGAGCCCUGGGCGAACUACAUGAACUACCCCGACGUGCAGCUCGACCAGAACUUCUGCCGCAAUCCUGACGGAGACCGGCAGCCGUGGUGCUACGUACGGGACAGCACGUACAGGUGGCAGUACUGCGACAUCCCCAAAUGUGAGAUCACACUUGGACAGGAGACGUGCGGCAUACCGGCCAUCAGUCCGGCCCUGACGCGGGUGGUUGGUGGUACGGAGGCCGUCCCUGGCAGCUGGCCAUGGCAGGUGUCCCUGAGACAGGGGGCGGGCCGUUAUCACGUGUGCGGAGGAGCGCUCGUCCAUCCCCGCUGGGCUGUCACGGCAGGGCACUGCGUGGACGGUGUCGACGACUCCCUGUUCACGGUGACCCUCGGGAGCCACAAUCGUCAGACCGCCGACCCUUACCAACAGGACAUCCCGGUGGAACAGGUCUUUCAACACGAGGGCUACACACCGGGCCUGGACAACGACAUCGCGCUGCUGAAGCUGUCGCGGUCGGCUGAGCUGAACGACUACGUCAGCGUGGCCUGUCUGUCGGACAGCGAGCCGGCGGCGGGGACGUUCUGUUACACCACGGGCUGGGGUUCCACGGAUGAUGGCCACUUGGCGGCCACCCUGCAACAGGGGAAGGUUCCUGUGGUGGACAUGACCACGUGUAACUCUGCUGACCACCUCAACGGACUGGCCUUCACCGACAGUAACAUCUGCGCUGGCUACGAGGAGGGCGGGGUCGACUCUUGUAAUGGCGACAGCGGUGGCCCCCUGACGUGCCGCCGCCCGGACGGAAGCUGGUACGUAGCGGGGCUGGUGAGCUGGGGACCCAGCCCGUGCGGGAGCCCCAAGAAGCCCGGCGUCUACACAAACGUAGCCAUGUACCCUGACUGGAUCUACAACAUCAUCGCAAAUAACUGACAAACUUCUGGUUUUGCUGUCUUGAUCAGUGUGUGCGUG